GAUGUGUGGAAGGACUACAAAAACAAAUGGUUUUGUAUUGUAAAUUGUGAAAUUGAGUUAUACCAAGUAGUUUGACUUGAAAAUGAGAGUGCAAAGAUAAGAAGAAGGAGAUCUCACUUUCUUUUCUUCUUGUCUGAGGCCAUAAAACAAACACUACAUACACAACCACUCUCUAUUACUACAACAACUCCACAUUAUUUACCAUUAUUACACUAACUCACUCUCUCACUCCUUUUUUCUAUUUUUCUUUCAUUUUUUUUUUAUUUUUUUUUAAUUCUUAUUCUAAUUUGAAGCAAUGCUAAGUGACAAUGAAGCAUAGUUUCAAGAAAUGGGAUGUGUGAUUGGUCGCCAAGCCUCGUCAAACAAGGGUUCAGGUGCCCAAACUAACAGGAUUAAGGUUGAUGAAGCUUCUGCGGCGACGACAGCGAGUAACGGUGAGGAGAAGAAUGUGGUAGAGAUUGAGAAUGAUCAGAAGAAGAAGAGUGAUGAUAGUGUUCAACGCUCUCGAAGAUCAAAGCCGAAUCCAAGGCUAAGUAAUCCACCUAAGCAUUUACGUGGUGAACAGGUUGCUGCUGGAUGGCCAUCUUGGCUCACUGCUGUCUGUGGAGAAGCUCUCACUGGUUGGAUUCCGCGAAAGGCUGACACAUUUGAAAAAAUCGAUAAGAUUGGGCAAGGUACUUAUAGUAAUGUGUACAAAGCUAUAGACUCCAUGACCGGUAAAGUUGUUGCUCUCAAGAAGGUUCGAUUUGACAAUUUGGAACCCGAGAGCAUUAAAUUCAUGGCUAGAGAGAUUAUUAUUCUGCGAAGGUUGGAUCAUCCAAAUGUUAUUAAGUUGCAAGGUUUAGUUACAUCUAGGAUGUCUUGUAGUUUGUAUUUGGUGUUUGAUUACAUGGAGCAUGAUUUAGCCGGACUUGCUGCAAGUCCGGUAAUCAGGUUUACGGAGUCUCAGAUAAAAUGUUACAUGAAUCAACUGCUAUCGGGACUUGAGCAUUGUCAUAACCGUCGUGUACUUCACCGUGAUAUUAAAGGAUCAAAUCUUCUUAUUGACAAUGAAGGAAUACUUAAGAUUGCUGACUUUGGCUUGGCAUCCUUUUUUGAUCCAAACUAUAUGAAUCCCAUGACUAGUCGUGUAGUAACCCUUUGGUAUCGGCCUCCUGAGUUGCUUCUUGGGGCCACAGAUUACGGUGUGGGUAUAGACCUCUGGAGUGCUGGAUGUAUUUUAGGAGAGUUAUUGGUCGGGAAACCAAUUAUGCCUGGCCGUACAGAGGUGGAGCAACUGCAUAAGAUAUACAAACUAUGCGGUUCACCUUCUGAUGAAUACUGGAAGAAGUCAAAGUUGCCCAAUGCUACAUUGUUUAAACCUCGAGAGCCAUAUAAGAGAUGCAUAAGAGAGACAUUCAAAGGUUUUCCACCGUCUGCUCUACCCCUUAUUGAUAAACUUCUUGCGAUUGAUCCUGUAGAACGGGAAACCGCCUCAGAUGCUUUAAGAAGUGAGUUCUUUACCACAGAACCUUAUGCUUGUGAUCCUUCUAGUCUUCCAAAAUACCCCCCAAGCAAAGAAAUGGAUGCUAAAAGACGUGACGAUGAAGUGAGGAGACAAAGAGCUGCAAGCAAAGCUCAGGUUGAUGGCUCAAAGAAGCAUCGUACUCGUGAACGUUCUAUGAAAGCUAUGCCUGCUCCCGAAGCCAAUGCCGAGCUUCAAUCCAAUAUUGAUAGAAGACGUCUAAUUACUCAUGCAAAUGCCAAGAGCAAGAGUGAAAAGUUCCCUCCACCUCAUCAAGAUGGACAACUUGGCUUUCCUUUGGGAUCUUCACAUCAUAUUGAUCCAGAUACUAUUCCUGCUGAUAUAUCUUUCACUUCAACCACAUAUACCUAUUCAAAGGAACCAUUCCAAGCAUGGUCAGGUCCAAUUGGUAAUGCUGCCGAUAUUGGAGUGUCGAAGCGAAAGAAAUACACCGCAGGAGAGGCGUGGGAUUUAUUAAAACCGCAUACAGGUGCCCCCAAAGAUAAGUUUAAAGGAAAGGCAAUUAUAGCAUAGAUAUCUAUUACUUAAAAAGUCCAAUUAAGAAUCUUAAUCUGCAUCAGCAAGUGAUGUUUUCUUUUUUACAGCUAUCAGUAAGUGAUGAUAUAAGAAUAAUCUUUCCCCAUCUUUAGUUACAUCUUCAAAGUAUACCCCAUAAUUUCUUUUGUUUUUUAAUUGAAACUUUUUUCUUCUGUUUAAACUGUCAGUAUGGUAAGAGAAUGAAUUAUCAUGAUGUACAUCUUGAUUUCAUUAAGGAGACCCGUGUUAAUAUCUAAA